AUGAACUUUCCGUCUACUAAGGUUCCCUGGGCCGCCGUGACGCUGCUGCUGCUGCUACUGCUGCCGCCGGCGCUGCUGUCGCUUGGGGUGGACGCACAGCCUCUGCCCGACUGCUGUCGCCAGAAAACGUGUUCCUGCCGUCUCUACGAACUGUUGCACGGAGCUGGCAACCACGCUGCGGGCAUCCUGACUCUGGGAAAGCGGCGGCCUGGAUCCCCUGGCCUCCAGGGACGGCUGCAGCGCCUCCUUCAGGCCAACGGUAACCAUGCAGCUGGCAUCCUGACCAUGGGCCGCCGCGCAGGCGCAGAGCUAGAGCCACAUCCCUGCCCUGGUCGACGCUGUCCGACUGCCACCGCCACUUCUUUAGCGCCCCGGGGCGGGUCCAGAGUUUGA